CUGCAUCUGAAACGGAAGCCGGAGAGGGACAUUCUGCAGCUUCCCCGGUGCAACGCAAACUCUGCAGGAGAAAUGUGUUCAGCAACAACAGACCCCUAGAAGUCUGUCCGAAGUAAAAGGCAAGCGAAAGGCCCCACUGAUGUUGACUGCAUGCAGAAACCUUUCUCGGACAUUUUUUCCCCUCACAUUUAAAAGGCUUUGUACCAGAGGAAGCAGGAUCCACCAGGCUGCUUUCGCCUCCUCCUCUACAUCCACAGCUCUAUCCAUCCCUUUGUCUGUCCCCUCAGUGACCCAGAGUCACAGCUUCUUGCAAACCAAGCCAAUCUCAGCCUGCCUACACUCAUCUGUCUGCUCCUCCUUCGUCCGCUGCCUCUCUCACUCUGCUCACAGUUCAGGUGUGAUGGAGUUAAAAGAAGUUCUGCAGGUGAUGGAGCAGCUCGCUCCUCUGUCUCUGGCUGAGUCCUGGGACAAUGUAGGCCUGCUUGUAGAGCCUAGCAAACCUCGACCUGUAAAAACUAUCCUGCUAACAAAUGACCUCACAGAUGCUGUCAUGGAGGAGGCAGAGGCCAUGAGCUGUGACCUCAUUAUCUCAUAUCACCCUCCGUUGUUUCGGCCAGUCAAGCGUCUGGCCCAGAAAGACUGGAAGCAGCGGUUAGCCAUCCGAGCUGUGGAGGCGGGGAUAGCCAUCUUCUCCCCUCAUACAUCAUGGGACAGUGUUAAAGGAGGCGUGAAUGACUGGCUGGUUGGAGGGCUCGGUAGCGGACAGGUUUCAGUGCUGAGUCAGGCCCUAGGCGGGGCCUCCCACAGUCACAAACUGGAGUUCAUGGUAAAAAGUGCAGAGGAAGUAAAGAAUAUCACUGAGGAACUGAAGGCAUGUGACAGUGGAACAACGCUUCAGCAUGCAGUCAACAGGCCAGAGGGCAGUGGGAUCCAUGUCAGUGUAACCUGCUGUGACUCAGCGCUGACCCCCAGUGUUCAGACUCUGUUACGACACAACAGUCCAAGCCUGUCCCUCUGCAUCUCAAAGUUGGAGAAGCCUCCUCUUCCAGGCCACGGCCAAGGGCGAAUGAGCGUUUUGGAUCAGCCCGUUUCGAUGUCAACAGCCAUCCAGAAAAUGAAGUCCCACUUGGGUCUCAGUCACCUCCGCUUAGCCCUGGGGUGGGGGCAGACGCUUGAGUCAUCUGUGCGUUCUGCGGCUGUGUGUGCUGGGUCUGGAGCUUCAGUGCUGAACGGAGUCAAAGCAGACCUUUACAUCACAGGUGAGAUGUCCCAUCAUGAAGUGCUGGACGCUGUGGCGAAGGGAACAAGUGUCAUCCUCAGCGACCAUAGUAACAGCGAGCGGGGAUAUCUGGUGGUGUUCAAGGAGAGGCUGUCUGUGCGUCUCCAUGAGGGUGUGACGGUGGCAGUGUCCAAGGCUGACCGAGACCCUCUGGAGGUGGUCUGAAUGAUGUUGUACUAGUUUGUCUGUUGAGCCCUUUUCACACAUGUAGCCCUGAAUUUUUCAAGGUAGUUUCAGGACUUUAAGGCCCGGGAUAUUAUUAGGAUCUGGCUGUUCACACCUGCACCUUACAGCAGGAGAUUUUCUGUGUCAGAUGCACUCUCACAACUCAAAAGAGUCAGUCUGGUUAAGGUGAGGGGGGCUGUGUAGUGCAUGCAGUAGAAGAAGAAGAAGAGGAGGGAUCAUUUCUGGACACACACAACAAUGGAAAACAAUAUACUGGUAACUGAAGCAAGUUUACUUUAAAAAGUAGAAGAGGCAAAACUUUGCUUGAUUUCAACAACGUUAUCACCCCACCCGCUCUGCUCAACCUGAACUUUCACUGGUGUGCAGACUUUACUGUGAGGCUGGCAGGGGAAAAACUGAUACAAUUUCGAGAGAACUUCGUCUGUUUGGGAUCACACAUGCAGCCAACCCUGAUGAUGUCUAGAAAUUUUCAGGAGUGUCGUGCAUGUGGGGUGAAAGGGGCUGUGGAGGAACGUUCACUGCUUUAAAUGGAUUGAAUUAAACUGACAACAUACUGAGA